AUGACCAUAGAGGAUCUUCCUGACCCUUCCACAGAAGGAGAUUCAUUGACUAGAAGAUACCAAUAUUUCAUCCCAGGCGCCGAAGAUUCAGUAACCUAUUCAGUUUCUGCAGCACCAAUGCCUUCUGAAUGUGAGUUCUCCUUUUUUGAUCCCAAUGAUGCAGCAUGCCAGGAAAUACUUUUCAACCCUAAAACGUCUGUGUCAGAACUAUUUGCUAUCUUAAGACAGUGGGUCCCCCAAGUUCAACAGAACAUUGAUAUUAUUGGGAAUGAGAUCAUCAAGAGAGGCUGCAAUGUGAAUGACAGAGAUGGCUUGACUGACAUGACUCUUCUGCACUAUACGUGCAAAUCAGGUGCUCAUGGAAUUGGGGAUGUGGAGACUGCAGCCAAAUUUGCUUCCCAACUUAUUGACUUGGGUGCGGAUAUCAGUUUGAGGAGUCGUUGGACAAAUAUGAAUGCUUUGCACUAUGCUGCCUACUUUGAUGUUCCUGAGCUUAUUACUGUAAUUUUGAAAAAUGCAAAGCCAAAAGAUGUGGAUGCCACCUGCAGUGACUUUGAUUUUGGAACAGCCUUACAUAUUGCUGCCUUCAACUUGUGUACUGGAGCUGUGAAGCGUUUGUUGGAGCAUGGAGCCAAUCCUGCCUUUAGGAAUGACAAAGGGCAGACACCAGCAGAUGUAGUUCCUGACCCAGUAGACAUGCCCCUAGAGAUGGCAGAUGCUGCAGCAAGUGCCAAAGAAAUCAAGCAGAUGCUCUUAGAUGCCAUGCCUCUGUCUUGCAACAUUUCCAAGGCCAUGCUUCCGAACUACGAUAAUGUCACCGGCAAAGCCAUGCUUGAAUCCCUUGGCCUAAAGCUGGGAGAUCGAGUUGUCAUUGCAGGACAGAAGGUUGGCACCUUACGAUUCUGUGGCACAACAGAGUUUGCUAGUGGACAGUGGGCUGGUGUCGAAUUGGAUGAAUCUGAAGGCAAAAAUGACGGGACCGUUGGGAGGGUGCAAUACUUCAAGUGCGCACCAAAACAUGGUAUCUUUGCACCUCUUUCUAAAAUAAAUAAAGCUUCUGAACCCAAAAAAAAUGCGAGAGUUUCCUCCUCACGGCCUUUGCCUACAUUCAAGUCCAAGAAAAUUGAUGUAACACAUGUAACUUCCAAAGUUAAUUCUGGCUUAUCUGCACAGAAGAAAGAGCCUACUUCAGAUUCCACAUGCUUGGGCAGUGAAAGAAUGAAAACUCCACCAGGCAAAGAAGCUUCCCUUGGAUCUAAUAGCUCUUCAUCUUCCACGACAUCACUGGACAACAAGCAGAAUUGUCCCAAAAAGUGGAAUUCCAUAAGCAAUAAGAAGAAGGGAGAAGGGACUUUGAAGGCAAAGGCUGUUGCACCCAAAGCAGUUGCUGGAGGAAAUAACACUUUUCCAUCUGCAAAGAGAAAUCCUUUUGAUGACGGAGAAAUUCAGAUAGGAGACCGAGUGCUGGUGGUAGGACAGAGGACUGGCACCGUGAGAUUCUACGGGACGACCAAGUUUGCACCAGGGUUUUGGUGUGGAAUAGAACUGGACAAACCUCAUGGCAAGAAUGAUGGCUCAGUUGCCGGGGUGCAGUACUUUAGCUGCUCUCCAAGAUACGGUGUCUUUGCACCUCCUGCCAGGGUGCAGAAGCUAACAGGAUCUCUAGCCUCCCUCACAGAUGCUUCAUCAAGUAAAAUAAAUCAUUCUUUUCCUGGUUUUCGACGCAGCUUCAGUACCACCUCUGCAUCCUCCCAAAAGGAGAUACACAGGAAAAAUGCCUUUGUCAAGUCCAAAAGCUCUUCGCUGCGACGCAGUUGGAGCAACACGACGACCGCAGCCAGCACCGAGGGCCCCGUGAAGCUCCGCGAGGGCUCACAGGUUCUCCUCAGCAGCUCCAGCGAGAUGGGCACCAUCCGCUACAUUGGGCCCACUGACUUUGCCCCUGGCACGUGGCUCGGUCUGGAACUGCGGAGCGCCAAGGGCAGAAACGAUGGCUCUGUGGGCGACAAGCGCUACUUCACUUGCAAGCCCAACUACGGCGUCUUGGUGCGGCCAAGCCGAGUCACCUAUCGUGGGAUUAAUGGGAUGAAACUUGUUGACGAUGUCUGUUGAAGAACAUGGUCUGGCCCUGGGAUGUGGGCGUUUUGAGAAAUAAAGCGCGCUAAGGAGGCCCGCUCACUGCCUGCUUGGAGUUCUGUCUUGUCUAAAGUCCUAAAGCUGCACCGUCGUGAUGCGAGCACUAAACUAGCCCGAUUGGAGCACAUUAGGACUCCAAGGACAUCCGUCUUAAGAGUUUCCCCUGCAGAACAGUCCUUGCCUGAGCGCUUCU